GGGGACGGUGUGACCUUUCUGGAUCUGUUUGAUGCAGAUGAGUAUGCAGAAUGCAGGAAGGAAAACCUCUUCUACCCUUUUGCAUCAAAGGAAGAGUGGGAGGUCGCCAAUUUUCUCCUGUGUUCUCCCCUCAGUAUGGCAGCAAUCAACCAGUUUCUGGAACUCCCUAUGGAAUGUAUGGGUAAAGGCCGGAUAUUCGGCAUUGAGACACGCGAGUCUCUACACCGCGCUGAGAUGCUGCCCAAGGGACCAAGUUGGAAGUGUCAAGCCAUUCCUUCACCCAAUCUCACAAAAAGUCCUAUCCGAUUGUUUUGGAGGGAUCCCGUGGAAUGCCUGGAAAGUCUCUUCAGUAACCCCCUUUUUCACGACCAGCUCGAUUUUGUCCCUCGCCGCAUUUACACCACAUCAGCUCGGCUUCUUCGCGUAUACUCAGAGUGGUUGACAGGCAACUCUGCUUGGGAGAUCCAGGACCAGCUUCCUAGAGGCGCAACAGUCCUAGGCACUGUACUCUCUUCUGACAAAAUGAAUAUCACCAAUAUGACUGGUGCCAGGGUCGCUCAUCCACUCCUUUUAGGCCUUGCCAACAUUCGCAUGAACACUCGCAACAAGCUCUCAUCCAGAGCUUUUCUGCUUACAGCUCUCCUCCCCAUCCCACAGUAUUUGCAUUCACGACCACGGAUGCGGGGCAUGCUAGAAGAUCGCCUCAUGCACGAAUGUCUUUCCAUAGUGUUGAAGCCCCUGAUGAAAGCUGCUGAAAUCGGAAUCAUGAUGUCCGACACAGCAGGAAAUCGCACACGCUCCAUCACCCUGGCACAGCUUGACAGCAUAGAGGUAGAUCCAAAUGACCUUGAAGCUUACUUCAAAGCAUGCGAGCGAUACCGACUAAAUGGUGUCCAUUCUCCUUUCUGGGUGGACUGGCCACUUGCUGAUCCUUCAGUCUUCUUGACGCCUGAACCUCUGCAUCACUGGCAUGAGGAGUUUUUUGACCACGACCUCCAAUGGUGCCUUGAAGUUGUCGGAGAGCAGGAAUUGGAUUUUCGCAUAUCAGUAUUGCAGCCUACCACAGGCUUUCGCCACUUUUUUGGUGGAAUCUCGAAAUUGAAGCAAGUCACGGGUAGAGUGCACCGAGAUCUCCAGUGUUACAUUGUCGGUCUGAUUGCUGGUGCAGCUCCCCGUCGAUUUGUGAUUGCAAUCUGUGCUCUUAUGGACGUCUGGUACAUGGCGCAGUCUCCUUUGCCUGAUGAUGAUUUACUUGCACGUAUUGACAGAUCACUUGCGAUUUUUCAUGAAAACAAAGAUGUUAUCAUCUCCCUAGGGGCUCGGAUGGGGAUGAAGAAGCCUAUCAACAACUGGCACAUACCAAAGCUCGAACUUAUGCAGAGCAUCACUGCCAGCUCACGCAAAGUUGGCGCCCUCAUUCAGUGGUCCACAGACACCACUGAGCAUGCUCACAUAUCCGAGAUUAAGGACCCUGCGCGGCACACCAAUAAUAAUGACUAUGAUCCUCAGAUCUGUCGUCAUUUAGAUCGCCAGGAGAAGCUGCAACAUUUCGCGAUUGCUAUGACACUGAAGAGGACUUGCGCUGAUUCUAACCCAGAGGAAUUCCUCGAGGGCGAGGGUGAGGAAGAUGAGGAGGGCGAGGAAGGCAAUGGAGAUUAUGAUCAACUGACGGAUCCACAAACUGCACUCUUAGCAGAGAUGAACAAAAUGUGCAUCCCCACCAACUACUUCAGCAAAGCAAGGAAGUUGGUUGCCGCAAGAUGCGACAAUAUUUCUCUCCCUCCUCAGACAUUCAUUGCUGCCUCCACUGCUAUUCAUCUUAAUUUUGAUCCCACUCGCACAGGGUUGAAAAUUGACGAGGUUGCCAAUGACUUUAACAUGCCGGAUUUAGGCCAAGUUCUUUCCGACUUCUUGCAGCGU